AUGCCACAUUGUCAGCAUUGCAAAGCAAAAAGAUUCUUUCAUGAAACAAACAAUUUCUGCUGUGCUGAUGGAUCAAUCUCUUUGGUUACAAAUGAUGUUCCAGAUCAACUCUAUAAUCUGUUUGUUUCAAAUACUGCUGAAUCUACACAAUUUCGGACAUAUGUUCGAACGUACAACAACAAAUUUGCUUUCACAUCUUUUGGAGUUAAAUUUGAUAGAAAUUUAUGUCGAAGAAACAGAGGAAUAUAUACAUUUCGAGCUCAAGGUCAAAUUUAUCACUAUCUCCCUGAUUUGAUUCCUUCAGAUGGUCAACCUUCUAAUUUGCAGCUAUAUUUCUAUGACAUUGAACAUGAAUUCGAGAAUCGCAUUGUUGACUCAAUCAGAAUGGAUCCUUCUAUUAUUGCUCAACUUAUGGAUCUCCUUCGUGUAAAUCCAUAUUCAACAUUUUUUCGAUCUAUUGGUGAUUUACCAAAUUUAGAAUAUCAAAAAAUCUGUAUAAAAUCAGAUCCUGGUUUAGAUCAACGGGUGUUUAAUGCCCCAACAUCAUCAGAAGUUGCAGCUAUUUGGGUUGAAAAUGAUGAUUCAGAACAUUUAACACCUCGUGAUAUUUUCGUAUUUAAUCAUGUUGGCGGGAGUCAUUUAGUUCAAUAUUAUUUUGGAUGCUAUGAUCCACUUCAGUAUCCUCUGUUGUUUCCUCUCGGAGAUAUUGGAUGGCACCAAGGCAUACAAAGAAUUAACAAAAGAAUUGCAUCUGUAUUUGCCAAUAACUGCACAACUCAAUUAAUUGAUCCUCAUCAAUCAACAUCAGCAGAAGAAUUACUCAGAAGAGAAGAACAAGUUUUAAAGAAAAAGAGAAAAGAUCACAUUGUUUCUUGCCGUGAAUAUUACUGUUACAAGUUGCAAAUCAGAGAAAAUCUGAAAUCUAUUCUUCUAAUCUCUGGCCGACUUCUUCAACAAUUUGUUGUUGACAUGUAUAUCAAGAUAGAGACUUCAAGAGCAAAAUUAGAGGAUCUGAAGUAUGAACUAUUCAAACGAGAAAUAUUUGGAAAAAUCUCAGCAUAUGUUUAUGUUAUUGAGCACCAAAAAAGAGGACUUCCACAUGCUCAUUUCUUAAUUAUAUUGCGUCAAGAUUGGAAAUUAUACGCACCAGAAUCUUUUGAUGAGAUCGUAUCUGCUGAAUUACCUGACAAAGACAACAACUUACAUCUCUAUACAGCUGUUAUUAAGCAUAUGAUGCAUGGCCCAUGUGGAGUUCUAAAUCCAACAAAUGUAUGCAUGAAAAAACAUGGUUGUUGCAAAAAUAAUUACCCAAAACAGUUUGUCUCAAACACUGUUAUUGGAAAUGAUUGCUUCCCAAUAUACAAACGCUGCAACAAUGGAAGAACAGCCAAAAUCAGAGGACAUGAUUUAGAUAAUCGUUGGGUUGUUCCAUAUAACCCUUAUUUACUUGCAAUGUUUGACUGCCAUAUUUAUGUUGAGAUAUGUUCUACAAUAAAAGCUGUCAAGUAUCUCUACCAAUACAUUUAUAAAGGCCAUGAUCGUGUUGCCUUCAAUCUGGUUUCUGAACAAAGCACUCAACAGAUUGAUGAAAUUGAAAGAUUUCAAUCAGCUCGAUGGAUUACUCCACCAGAGGCUAUGUGGAGAAUAUUUGGCUUUAUUAUCAAUGAGGUUCAUCCAGCAGUCUAUAGCUUACAUUUACAUCUUGAAAAUAGCACCAAGUUACUUUCCGUGCACAUGAAAACUUAA